AUUCUGGAUGAUACGUUUCUCAAUUCUCAAUGUGCGUGACUUAUUUUAUUAUGCACAAGGCACAUAAGAUAUAUAAUUACAUGGUGUGUGUUAUACCAAGGCCAACUUUUAACCCUUUCGCUGGCAGCAUUUUAUUUAAUAACUCGUCUCAUCUCUUAUACAUGCUUCAUUCAGUUCAUUCUACAUACUUCAUUCCUAUUACAUUAUACAGUGCGUUAACAUGAAGAGCAUUCACGGUGAUACAGCCUUGGACCAACCAGCCAUAUAAUAAUACUGGAAUAAUGGAUGGAUGUUUUAUCUAGUUAUUCAACAGCAACUUCACCAGUUUCAGUUUUAAUACCAGUCUGUUCAAUCAUUGCUCUUUACAUCUGCAAGUUCAUAUGUAUUCCAUUAUUGUUGUUCCAUAGCUAGUAGACAUACUUACAUGUGCCCGAUGAUGUAUUCUGAACGCAAGAAAUGAUACACAAUUAUUUCAUUUAACUGUUCAAUUUGAAUUCAAGCUUUAAUCAUGACAGCGUUUCAAAAGUUUCCUGUAGUGUAUAAAAGUCUGGAGCAAGCUAUCAACACAUUGAAAACAUCCGAGGUGUCUAAGACAUUAGAAGUACAUCAGCUUCUUAAAAUAUGCUCUGCAGAGUCCAGCAACGCAAUACUGGACUCUCAGACAUAUGACCCCAAAGUGAAACCAAUGUCUGUCAUCAAACCGAAACUUCCUUUCAUAGUGAUCGAAGGGCUUGAUGGUUCUGGAAAAACUAAAGUCUCGACUGCACUAUCAGAAAAGCUAAAACUGGAUAGAAUUCAAACACCUCCAGCAAGCAUUAAAUUCCUCAAAGAGUUUUUUGAUGAACAAAGAGAGUCUAUACGAAGAGCAUAUUACUCUACUGGAAAUUACCUGGCUGCAAAAGACGUUGCAAAUUCAAAGGGUGUCAACGGAAUCAUGAUGGACAGGUAUUGGCAUAGCACAGCUUGCUAUGCGGUUGCUCAGAAAGAAACGAUGCCAGAAAGUGAUAGCUAUGCGGAAUUACCUCAGGAUUGGUAUCACUGGCCAAACGAUUUAUUGAAACCCGAACUCGUUUUCUUCUUAGUUGUCAGUGAAAAAGUCCGUCAAUACAGACACAGAUUUCGAAAUACGACCAACACUAAGGAGGAGCAGGCUCUGGCAACAAACAACAAGUUCAGAGAAAGUUUACUAAACAGCUACAGAAAAGUUGAAGGAGUAAACUUUAUGGAAAUUGAUGCUGAUCCAGAAAUCGAAAUUAUAAUAAAGAAUGUAUUGAACAUUUUAGUAGAAAAAUUCCCUGCUUUAAGGAAAGAUUGACAACACUUUGCGGUAGUGGAAAUGAAUUAUUUUUAUUGAUGCAUUGAUGUGAACUAUAAUAGAUAUUUGUGACGUUUUGUUGAAAUAAUUUUUACGAUGUCGACUUUAUUAAUAAAUUAAUACUCGAGGUAUAGUAAAUACGGAGUCACAGAAUGAUUAAAGGGACAAAAUCUCCAAGUUGUGGGUUGUGUUGUACUUGCAAUGUUUUAUAAAUUAGUGACUGUAUCUUGACGGUGGAAAUUAAAAUAAUGAUCGUCUA